AUGCAUAAGAAACCCCUGGGUGCCAGACACACUUCUGUGCGUUUCUGGCUGGGCGCAGUCUUUGCGAGCGUUGCCUUCUCUUCGGCUUCCGAUACAGCGGAUACCUUGUUUGAGACCCAGGGAUCAUCUCCCGUUGUCCAGGGCCGCCUCCCAUAUGUCGCUUCAAUAGAAAGACCAGGAAGUCGAGAACAUGUGUGCACUGGAAUUCUCAUAUCCCCAUGGCACGUGCUCACAGCGGCACACUGUGUUGACCCUGAGUCACCGUACAGUGCUGCCCAACGCCCAGUCGUCAGACUGGGCGCCAUGGAUGCCGACAACCCUCAUAGUGAAGCAGCCGAGGUAAUGAUGGCGGAGCAUUCUACAAUUCAUAGCCACUGGAUACCCCACAAGAAGCAGCGAUCGCAAUUCAAUAUUGCGCUGCUGAAGCUGCCACAAAAGUCAAAACAGCCCCCGCCGCAAAUCCUGUCCGAUGAGUUUCAGCUGAGCACUGGACAGAAGUUGAUUGCUGCAGGAUAUGGCCCCAGUGGCGAUGGCCCAGCCCUUGGGGACUCAAUCUUCGGCGAGAUGAGACUGGAGCUCCAGGAAUUCAUCGAUGGGAAACGAUGUAAUGGAAAGAUGCUGUGGGAUGGGUCCAUCGAGGACAACACGAUCUGCGCUCUCAACAGCGAUCGCAAGGCAUCCUGUGUCGUUGAUUCAGGGGCUCCGCUGCUUCUGCUGGAUGCCCCUGGCUACGACAUUGAGUCGGGGUCACCGGCCUUCGACUUCCUCAUCGGCCUGAACAUCGAUGGGGCGCCCUGCGGUGUGCCAGGCAAGCCGGAUGUGUACCUGGACAUGAGGCUGCACGGAGAGUGGCUCCGUCAGAUGUCAAGGGAGGGGCAUGAUGAGCUUUAG